AUGAACUUCAGGAACUACGGUGAUAAUAACCCCACUUGGGAUGCCAUGCAUGGGAAGACACCAGCAAAUGUUAAUUCUCUGCUGAGACAGCCCUCAGUAUACUCCCUUACGUUUGAUGAGUUUCAGAGCACCAUGGGUGGGAUUGGGAAGGAAUUUGGGUCCAUGAACAUGGAUGAACUCUUGAAGAACAUUUGGACAGCUGAAGAGACUCAGGCCUUGGCAUUUUCUGCUAGUGCAGGAGAAGGCCACAACCAUAACCCAAUUAUUGGUGGUUUGCAAAGACAGGGUUCUUUGACAUUGCCAAGGACUCUUAGUCAGAAAACAGUAGAUGAGGUUUGGAGGGACUUGAUCAAAGAUAGUGGUGGGACCAAAGAUGGGAACGGUAGCAAUGGUGGUUCAUCCAUUCCUCAAAGGCAACCAACAUUGGGAGAAAUAACUUUGGAGGAGUUUUUGGUGAGAGCUGGGGUGGUGAGAGAAGAUGUACCUCAACAACAAAUUGGAAAACCAGAUAACAAUGGAUGGUUUGGUGACUUUCCUAGACCAAACAAUAACACUGGCCUACUUCUUGGGUUCCAACAACCAAAUAGAAGUAACGGGAAUAUUAGUGAGAGGGUGCUGGAGAGCAACAAUAACUUAGUCUCCAAACAACCUCCUCCUUUAUCACUAAACUCAAACCACUCUCAACGACCAACACAACAGCCACCACCACUUUUUCCAAAGCCAGCAAAUGUAGCUUUUGCUGCUCCUAUGCAUUUGUUGAACAGUGCUCCACUUGCUAGCCCUGGUAGAAGAGGAGGCUUGAUUGAGCGUUCAUUGAAUGUUGGAAUGAUUGGUUUAGCCUCGGCAAAUCCAGGGGCUUCUCCCUCAAAGAAAAUAUCGCCGGAUGUAAUUACAAGAACUAACGUAGAAAACUCUUCCCUGUCACCAGUUCAUUAUGCAAUCAACAGGGGAAGAAAAUGCAGUGCUAUAGAGAAAGUGGUUGAGAGAAGACAAAGGAGAAUGAUAAAAAAUAGAGAAUCAGCUGCAAGGUCACGAGCUCGUAAGCAGGCCUACACUUUCGAACUAGAAGCUGAAGUUGCAAAACUUAAGGAAAUAAACAGAGAAUUACAAAGAAAACAGGCAGAAAUUAAGGAAAUGCAGAAGAAUAAGGAUUUGGACCCUGCAUGCCGGCCAAGGAUAAGUAAAAUACAAUGCUUGAGAAGGACACUUACAGGACCAUGGUAG